AUGGACAGCCUAGAAGAACCCCGGACAAAGCAUCUGUACGUCACUCCGUGUUCGCCAUACCGUCGGUUCGCAGAGGCGCAACCAGCCAGGCAAGAGUUAUACGACGCCGUAGCAGGUGAUGAUCUGGACACUCUCCGCAACUAUAGGGCUUACUGGAAUACUCCAAUUUGCACCUACAGACAGCCGGGAUAUGGGGAGAUCUACACGACGCCCCAACUGUGCCUGCUCCUGCAGCAAGAACGGCUUUUGAACUAUUUGCUGGCAGAUCCUUGCAUAGAAGUCGAGGCAAGGUCGUCUCCUAGUGGCUGGACUCUGUUGAUGAUCGCAUGCGCAGCAGAUGCUUCGCUUGGUGUUGUGAGUUUAAUACUACAACGAGCGAGGAGCAAGGAUCACAUCAACACCAUCAGCGUCUCUGGCAAUACUGCGUUGGACUGUGCGCGGCCGGGGAGCAGUGUUUAUCUGUUUCUCGUCGACCAAGGGGCUCUCCUAGCAGAGGAAAUUUAUGGAGCGUCAGGUUCGGGUGGUGAUGAUGUUGUCGAUACUGACUUUCGGGGGAGAGUUCUACGGGACAAGGCUAAGGAGGCCCCAGAAGGACUAGAGAGUAAGAAACAAGAACAGAGCAGAAGUACAAGUCGAGUCGGCAAAGGGGAAGCACCACGCAGUCCUUCGUUGGAGCAAUCGCUACGAGAUCCUACACUUUCCCCUAACAGGGCAUCUCAAGAGAAACUUCCAAGGAGUUGUGGCCGGCCGUCUGCGUCACCUUCGCAAGGUUCCUGUGGAAGGGAAGCAGUUCUAAAGAAAAGACAGCCAACCAGCCUUCCAAAGAGAGGCGCUCACCGGGGGCGACAGCCAAAGGCCACGGGGGCUGUAGGCAAACUGGAGAUGAAGGCAAGAACCCUAUCACCAGAACACUCAGCCAAGGACACUAACAUGAAGCCUACAGACAGUGCACGACCCGAUGCGGUGCCACUGGCUUCCGGAGCGCUCAGAAGACCAUCGGGCAACCACCGGCAAGCUAAUGCGAUGGCUCUUUCAACGGAGUCUCCCGCUGCUGAAGCAACCCCAGAGCUCUUGGCGCAAGAACGUAAACAGCCUGACGAGGGGAGACGGGAAAAUGCAGAGACAGUGAGUUUCUCGGCAGUGAAACCGCCUACAGCAACCGUUAGCCGACAAGAAGGCGGCCAGCGGCAUGCCGAUUCCGUCAAGCACGCAAAGGGGUCCCCUGUGGCUAAAUCAAUGAGAAGAGUUUCUUCCAUUUCUAGACGUGAUCUGCCUUUGAAAGUUUCUCGUCCCCAGAUGCCUUUGCAGAAGGAAGAUGUCGCAGACACUGAUUCUCCGGUGGAGCCGCCAUUGAAGGGAGGUUCCAGCAAAGAUACGAAGAACACAGCGCCUACUACACUGCUCUUGAAGGGGGACUAUAGCACAAAAACGGUGCUAAAGGAGCAACAUACUCUCUCCAAGCAAUUUCACAGGCUUGCUUCGGUGGGAUUUGCUCAUCGCCAACCGAGUAGCGCAGUAGAAAUCUCUGCCACCCAAGAAGAACAAGCGGAAACACACCAGCAAACUGACUCCCCAAGCGAGAGUAUGCGUUCUUUUGCUGAAGCAGAGGGCCCGCACGUACCUUCGAACUUGCCAAAGUUUACUUCCAGGCCUGUUGGAGUACACGAUCGGCCCAAAGCACAAGUAGGUACGUUGGUGCCAGCCGGAGGAACAGCAGAAGAAAGCCAGAUAGUUGGCCCACGGCAAGUAUCUGUGGAGGUGAAAGAGCAUGCGCCAGCUGCGGCGGAUAGUGGAGGAGGAUCACCUCGUGAGCUCGACGAGCCUGGCGAGGGGCAGAACGUACCUGUUGCUGAGGUAGACAUUCCCUUCUCAGAAAGAGUUUUGAGGAAGGAAGAUUCCAGUUCCUGCCAACAAAGUCCUGCUAUUUCGACUCCUGGCGAGAAGCAACCGCCAGUCUCUCUGUUCCUCAAGAAGACUACUUCAGGAGAUGCACACGUAACCGCGCCGAAGUCAGCCCUGGCUAUGGUACCAAGCACCCAGCAACAACAGCUCCUUUCAGAAAAUUUUACAGCAGAACAGACAGAGGCAACCUCAACAGCGAGCCAAAGGCUAGCUGUCUCGAGAAGCGAUUUACAAAAGAGUGAACCGAAUGCUACAAUUUCACAUAGUAACACAUAUUCUCCAGCCGCCAUGAAGUCGGGUGCGGCCGCACUCAGUUCAUGGCCCUCUACAUAA